CAUGAAGAUUUAACCCUUUUUGGGUCAUGAUUACAGUAUAGGCAGAUGAGACGGAAAGAACAAGAUCGGCUUGCCAGGAUGGAUGCUGAUUACCAGAAAAGGAAAGAAAUUACAGAAUUCAUUCGGAGAAGGGAAGAAAGAUUAAAAGCUGCAGAGGAGCGCACAGCAAAAAAGCGUUUGAAACGGCAGAAAAAGAAACAGAAGAAGCAAGAGAAGAAGUGCAAAUUGAAUGCUGUCGAAGAAGAGCAUAAGAAGGAACAAUCUUCCGAUGAAGAUGGAGACACGGAAAAUGAUGAAACUGAGAGAUGAUUUAUAUGUACCAUUAUGCUCAAGGGUAGCCUUGCUGUAUCAAUUGUUGUGACAAGUUUUUGACAACCGUUUUGCUGAAAAAAAUAGGUGCUCCACAAAAAAAAAAAUGAAUUGUUUCUUAACUUAAAAGAAAAAUUGUCUUCUGCAUUCAUUUGCACCAUCCCAUUGGUUAUAGGUGGAUCCACAAAAAAAAAAUGACUUGUUUCUUAACCUAAAAUGAAAAUUUGUCUUUUGUUUUCA